AUGUCGACAUUAUCAAAUUCAAAUAUUUUAAUUCUUAUAAUUAUGUCAAUUUUAUUUUUAUCAAUAUAUGGUCAAAAUGAAAAACAACAAGAUGAUAAUCUAUGUCCAAAAAUUAAUAGUGUACUUUGUGUUAAAAAAGUUCUUUCGGAAAUUGUAGAUGCAGCUGAAGAGAUCAAUGAUAUAGCUAAUAAAAUUGAACAAAAUAUUCUUAAGCGUGAACGUGAACUAAAUUCAAUAACUCUCGAUAAUCAUAUUAAUCAUAAAACGCAACGUAUAAAGUCAAAUUUACCAAAGUCAGAUUAUUAUGAUCAAUUUAAGAAUAUUCAGAGUAAUAUUAAUAAAACGGAUUUUAUUCAUUUAAUUCAAGAAGAAAAUUAUGCUUUUAGUUAUUUAUAUAAAUCAAUAUAUAAUAUUUUAAAAACAGAAGAUAUUUUUGGUACUUCAAUUAAUAAUUUAUUUAAAGAAAUUUUAAAUAAUUUACAAAAAAAUAUUUUAUGUAAUUAUCGAAGUAUUUUACAUGUUUAUUCUCAAUCAUGGUUAUCAGUAGAUGAAAUUAAUGGUAUUGAAAUAUUAACAACACGAAAACGACAUGCACCUUCAAUUUUAUAUCAUACUGAUUCAAUGAUAAUUAUUCGAUUAUUACAUAAAUGGAUAAAAAAUAUUAAAAAUAUUGUUGCUAAUAUAGAUAGCAAAUAUGUUCGUUGA